AUGUCACCAGAUCAACAUCAGCAAAUACCAGCUAAGGUUUUAGAUGACUUAUGCAGCCGUUUUAUUAUUAAUAUUCCUUCUGAACAGCGUGAAGAUCUUGUUCGUGUAUUAUUUGCUGUCGAACUAGCCCAUUGGUUCUUUAUUGAUUUCUAUUGUGAAGAUUAUAAUGAUUUACAUGUUUGCAGUAUAAAAGAAUUUGCCCUGCAAAUUUUUCAACAUUGUCCUUUUCUACGCGAUUAUGUACAUAAUCUCGAUACAAUUCUAUCACGUUGGCGUGGUUAUAAAUUAAGUGUGCCAACAUAUGGAGCAGUUUUAUUAGAUCCAACAUACGAACAUGUUUUACUUGUACGCGGCUUUUAUAAUAGAGAAAGUUGGGGCUUUCCAAAAGGAAAAGUACAAGAAAAUGAAAGCCCAUUGAAAUGUGCUAUACGAGAAGUUAUGGAAGAAGUUGGUUUCGAUAUGAAAGAUCGUGCCUUUGACGAUCAAUAUUUAGAACGUGAUCUUAAUGGACAACUUAUUCGAUUAUAUAUCGUUAAACAUGUGCCACUUGAUACAAAAUUUGCUGCUAAAACUAAGAAUGAAAUUAAAGAAAUGCGUUGGUUCCGUAUUGCUGAUUUGCCAUGUCAUAGACGUGACAAUACAUCUCAAGUUACAUUAGGACUUAAUCCUAAAGCUUUCUUUAUGGUUAUACCAUUUAUCAAAGAUUUGCGUCGUUGGAUAAAUCAAGAGUGUGGAAUUUAUUCAUCAUCAAAUGGUGAUUCCGACAACGCAAAUGAAUAUAUAAAACGACGCGAACAAGCUCAUUUACAUCAUCAUCAUUAUCCUCAACAGCGACGUCGAACAACAACAUAUCAUGGUGUAAUAACACCAGCUAAAACACGACAAGCAACGAUAUUACAAAAACUAUUCGGUGUUGACCAUCAAACAUCUCCAUUCGUUCGUGAUAAUAAUACAUCAAUACGCGAACAACGAAAAAACUCAAGAAAAAUCAUCGCAAACCUUACAGCACAUAGCGCCGAUGAACAACAAAUGCCAUCAUCACCCCCGUCGUCGGUAAAUAAACUUCAAACACAAUUAAGUGUACAGGACACCAUACAACGGCAUUUUUGUCAAAUACUCAAAAAUGAUUCACUCACUGUUACUGAUAAUACAUCGAUUACAGAAACGCUACUCAUGCGAGAAAAUAGUUCAUCAACUGGUGGUGCAUUAAAUUUAAGCCAAUUAACACCUGCAAAAUUGAACGACGAUGAAAAUAAACGUCCAUCAUCAAGUAGAAAUCAUUCGAAUAAAAAUGAAUUAUCAUCAAAUAAAAAAGAGAAAAAAUCUUCAACACCAAUAAAAAGUCAAGUUCAAUAUAGAAUUUUACAACGGGGUCAACCUGAUGAACCAUCGCCUAUACUAAAAAAGCCACAAUUAAAAAAUGAAUUCGAUACUUCUGAAAAUAGUCCUACAACGAAAUGUCAACGCAAUCGACGACGUGUCGAUCGACGUCUAAAUAAUGACACCAAUCAAAAACAGCAAAGUCCCCAACAACCAUUCUCAAAUUUAACAAAUAAUAAUACUACUAAUGGUCUUAAUUCUCAUACAUUUCGUUACGGUGGUCCACGCUGUUGGACACAAUUUCGUCUUAAUCGUUCCGAAGUUUCUCGUUGUCUUCGAGAGUGA